AUGAACCCUUACGCCAACAUGACCUACAUUGAGAAGCAGGAAGAGCUCAAGAAGCUCACUGCGGCUUAUCACGAUCGCAUUACCUCCUUCAAUGAGCCCCUUGACGAUCAAGCAGCCCACUGGUCCAAGCACGGCUCCACCUUGGUCCCCCUCAGCUCCUGCACCAGGCUCUGCACCGCAGCCGCAGACAGCUCCCAAGGCUUCCAAGACAGCGCACUGGUAUCGAUGUUCAAGCUUCCCGCUCUCAUCGAGUCUCUGGGGACUCUCCCCGACACACUGACACCGCACCAAUCCCGGUCGCUGUACCGUAUGAUUGGCGACCUGAAGGAGACGGACCCAAACAACACAUUGCAAGCGUCGAGCAGGAAAAGGAUCUCGACCGCCCGAACGCGCCUGGGGUCGCCCAAUUGGCUCAAGAACGGCACCAAGGCAGAUGACCGUGUCAAGGCGGGGUGGACGGCUGUCGAUCACGCAGUUUCAGAGACACUGCGCGGCAUUGCGGACGUUGGCUUGGACUGUGAAGCGACGAUGAGGGAGGUUGAAGGCCGGCCGAGGGAGCUGAGCUCAACUCCCACUGAGCCCUUACGGGCGGUGGAGCAGGCGUGCCAGGAGUCCCCACUUUGCUUCAACUUUUUCUCAUGGCUCAGAUUGCAGUGCAAAACGGAAGGGUGUGGGUGCUCGGGACAGUCAGGACGGGGCAAACCUGCGUCCUCCCUGUCGUGCGCUACGGCAACCUCGUCCGGAAAACCCGAAGAUGUCUGA